GGACAUGAAAGAGUCAUAUCUGCGAAUGAAAGAUUGGAGGAAUGUGAACAAUAUUGUGGAACUUGUGAGUGAAGUUGAAUGUUUGCAACUCUAUCCUUUGGUUGGCAAAGAGGAAGAUGAAUUUGGAGGCAAUUCUGGUGCAAUCCUUAGGUGUGAAACAUGCUUUUACCUAUACAAAGAUAAAUCUGUAAGACUAACACCUGCUAGAGCUGCCAAGAAGCUGUCCAGAGACUGCACAAGUAUUUGCACUGGAAGGUAUCUUAACGAAGGGAGGAUGGAGGAACUCAUGAAUGGUGUAGGAACCUACUGGCGCAAGCUGAAGAGUUCUGUGAUUCAACACAUGCUUUGUGCUUGUGACGGACAGACACAUUUUAAAGCUCUUACAGCAUUGAAUGAGGAAAAGAAUUUAAUGAAAAAGAAUUAUGAAGCAGCUGAAACAUUGGUAAAGAGUGCAAUAGUUUCCAUUAAGUCCAAGUCUGCUGCAGUUCACUAUGAAGAGCAGGUUGCUUUUGCCUAUUCUCUCAAGGCUCAAGUUGGGCAGAGUGGACAUUCGCGGAAAUUAGUUCCUGACCUUGUAAGGUGUCUUAUUCAAGUUGUUAAUGAAAGAACAAAAAAAGAAUUGAUGAAAUGCCUUCCCAGUACAGGUCUUCCUCCUCAUUACUACAUGGCUUUAGAUAAAGCAACUGUUAAUAAGAGAACCAACCAAGCUGUUAUUAUUUGCCCAACAAUUAAUGGUGUUAAAGUACCAAUUGUUGUUGGUGCACCAGAGGUGUACAAACACAGUGAUGACGGUGCUGUAGAGGGAGGAAAGGCUGAGGACUCCGCUAACCAAGCCUUAGAGCAAAUCAAGGAGAAAUUUGGUAAUACUGUAUUGGAUUAUAUGGUCGGUAAGUUCUUGUUUUAUACUGAGUUAUUGAUUACUUGAAAACAGAGUAGAGUCUUCCAGAAGCCCGCUUUUAUUUCAGAAGAAGCAAAUAGUCUUACAAUAAAAGCUGAAAUAAUUGCAAUUUUUAUAUAUAGGAAUAUCUGCAGACGGUGUUUAUCAAGCCAAUGGUUUUCAGGCAACAAUCAGUGAAGACGAUACAAGCCUCUUUUUGAAACAAGUGCAUUGGGAUCCAUCUCACUGGCUUAACCUUACUGUCACUGAUGUAAGAGAUGGAAAAAUUGGAAAAUCAAAAGAGUAUUUCUCAAAUUUCAUCGAGAGAACAAACAGAUUAUCGGAAGCACUGAACAGGGGGAAAGGUAAGUUCUGUUUUAGACCUUUAAAUUAAAGCAAAAUCAAUAUUUCUAUUUUCACAGCUAUAUUUUGCACAAACCAAGCUAAUAAUAAUUAAUGAUCACUUCAAUGUAGGUAGAAGCAUACUCGAAGCCACAGCAAAGCAGCUCGAAGUAAAACCAACUGUAUCCACAACAUACUCACAGAUUAGAUUUGCUAGUUCGGCGUAUGUGCAAUGGCAACGUCUAGUCAAAUCUUACAAACUUUUCACUGCAGCAUUGAAGAACGCAUCUCCGGCAUUCUCUGAUGAACUCCAUCCAUUACAGUAUCAAGUUCUUGGACAGGUAGGACUUUAUUUAACUACAAGUUUGCCUAAGUUAAUAUACUACCACUAUUUUUUAAUGACUAUAUUUUGAAUAUGUAUUGCUUUCCCAUGCAGGACUUUGUUGUCGACUUAUUGUUGAUGCACGAUAUGUUUGCGCCUGUUGCCAAUGUGAUGACAACUCUGCAAAGCAUUUCCAUUCCACAAUGGAAAGCUAAUUUAUAUGCAAAGAAAGUAGCGAAGUGGCUGGUUGAUGCAUCAAACGAGUGCCACACACAUGGAAACAUGGAUUUCUUUCCGACAAUGAAGAAAAAUAUGGAGGUACAUUAUUAUACCAUGCAUGAAGGUCUGUUUUAAACGGUGAUUCAUAGCACAACAUGUUAUCUACCAAUCAAUUAGUUGAACAUAUAGUAAAGAAAAUUUUAACAUUUUUUAAAUAAAUUGUUUGUGUUAGGAUAUCCUGAAUCAUGACGCAGAGAGCGAUGACCCAGCUGAAAGACCAAAAUAUGAUGGGGUAGAGCUUGUUUGUGGGUGGAAAGUUACUGGGAUAGAAUCUUUGGAACCGGAUACCGACCAAAGCAAAGGAAAGAACCCUUGCAAGAAGCAGGUUUUAACCAACUGGGAGGAACGUACCGUUGAAGAUGCCUUUAAUGAUGUCAAAACAUUUGGAAGAGAUUUGGCCACGUCAUUGGAGAACCGCAUCGAGUCAUGCAUAAUCAAUGCUGGGCAGGAGAACUUUUUUGAUAUUGAAGAAGCGUUCAAACUUCUGUGUGGUGAGAGGCUAGAAAACGACCAUGUCAGUAUCCAGGAAGGUGAUUUUGAGAUGUUUGGUGCCACAUCGUUUCAACAAUUCUUUCGCGAGAUUUGCAAUUUGAAGCACAUAAAGUCCUUAGGUGAUCAACGUUUCGACGAAAGACUUUACCUCUGUACUUUACGGCAAUGGAAGAAUGCGAUUCGUCAUUUGGUUUGGGAAAAGGAUAUGAAGAACAAGUUGUUAUCGUGUCUCAGGCCAGUUGAUUCUACACACCAACAAAUCGCUGUUGCGGUGACUGCUGACCCAGAAGCAAAGUUGAUGAAAAUGGAAAAAGGGACAGUAACAACCAACGAAGUUGAAUUACAUCCUUUGUUCACAUUCGAGUUUAUCAACCACCCAACUUUUCAAGCUGCGGUCCAAGAAGAUAAAGUCAUUUCUAUGUUAUAUAAUGACGAAACUCUGUAUGCUAUGGCCGGAAUUGUAUCUAUGACCGCUUUCGAUAUAGCAAUGUCUCUCGGAAGUUCAGAGGCGAUUGUUGAAAGUUUUUAUAGCGUCAUGGACACGCAACGAAAGGUUCGCCAGCAACAUACAACUCUUGAAGACCGUAGUAUUCUCGACUGGUCAAUAGGCAAUGUCCUCAAUGUUGAAGAUAUUGUAUCUAAAGCAGCUAAACUCUAUGUGGAUGGAUCAUCCGUGCUAAAAUUACCACGGCAUCGUGUUGGAACAUUGAAGAAAAAAACUGAGACAUCGUAG